GAGAGCUAGCUACCGAUCACAAAAGAAGAUUUCUACUGUCACAACAGUGGAAGAGGCUAGAGAGAGAGAGAGAGAGAGAGAGAGAGAGGCUAGAGAGAGAGAGAGAGAGAGAGAGAUGUCGGCGAGCAAAGCGAGGAGGAUCAAGCUGUACUGUCCGCCGGUGAAGAAGAUGAUUGAGAUGGUGGCGUGGGAGGAGCAGAGACUGGACCUGGGCUCCAUAGCGCUGGCGUUUGGGCUGGACCCGUCCACGUUGAAGCUCAACGGUCACUUCAUCAGCCGAGGCCUCGACCUCAUCUCUUCCUCCGUCACUUGGAAGUCCCUUCUUUCUUUCUUCUCUGCCAAACGGCUCUCCACUGGGAGAGACGACCAUGACGCGCUUAUCGUCGAUGGAAAACUCUCCAGAGUCGGGACCAAGAGAGCACAUGAUCCCAAGGAUGCUGUAAAUGGUAUUCUUGACUCUGCGAGUGUUCCUCGAGAAAUGGGCAACAGUGGGGCACCAGCAACGGAAGAUACAAAUUUGGUGAAGAGUAAGAAGAUUAGGGAAGGCAAUUCAGGUAAAAACGGCGAUUGUGGAAUGUCUUUGCUGUACAACGGCAUUCGCCUGAAGAGAAAGCAGUUAUUGGAAGACUUGAGCCUACUCAAAAAGCUAAGGAUAAACGAAACAUGUUCCGCAGAUAUUACAGGAAAGGGUAAUGACUUGUCAAGAAGCAUUUCAAGUUCAACCUGCAAUCUAAGAUGCAGUCCCAUGAGUCAAAAUAUGAAGCGGACGAGGGAAGAUGAUGUAGAUGACGCAAUCCUGGCCGCUCCUUACAAGAAGAUUAGAUGAACCCUCCUUUUUUUUUUUUUU